CAGUCUCCGAGGCCCAUCCUUGCCCGUGGCUCUCUUCCGUUCCGUCACCCUCCCGCCCGUCACUCUCCGCUCUAUACCAUCCCGUCCUGUCCUUGCACCUCCGUCCUAUCCCCCCGUCCCGUCCCGUCCAGUACACGGCGCCCACGGCGUCCGCGGCAUAGUCCGCCCGUCGACCGCCCCGCCAUCUACGGCCCAUGUAGUCAUGGACCCCGCCCUACAAUGGACAACCCUCACGACUAUUUGAUUACGAGCCGUCCUCCUUCGCGGCCCGUCGACCCUGACAAUGCCGAUAGCUGGGUUAUGCUUAACCAGGGCGGCUUCGUCAAGCUUGGCAAUGAACGCAUCUUGAUGAAGCUCGACUCGAGGAUCUCAUGCGACCUGUCUGUGCCCCAGGAGCUGAGAUCACGAUGCACCUCGUUCCAACGGAAAAGCGAUAGGGGCACCCUUUUCCUUACCAACAAGAGAAUUGUGUAUCUACCAUCGAAACCUACCCAAGAACCAAAAUUCGAAUCCUUUAGUGCUCCCAUCUUAAAAUUUCAAGACUCUACGACCUCAUCCUCGAUGUGGUGGGGAUGGGUCUGGAAGUCGGACUGCAUCCCAGUAUCUGGGGGUGGCAUUCCACCAGACAUUCCACGAGUCGAAGUCAAGUUCACAUUUUCCGACGGCGGCAUGACGGACUUCAAUGAGACCUACAUCCGGUUGAGGGAGCGCCUCUUCCAGUAUCAAGAGAUGCGCCGAGAGAUGGGCCCUGGCGCUGAUGUUCCCGACGAACCUCUACCAGCCUACGAGGCCCAAUCUAGUCAACCAGCCACAGCCACUUUGGAUACGCGGCCAGAUCGAUCCGACAGUGCCGCCAGCCGGAGGGCGCCAGAUGAGCCGCCACCAGAUUAUGACGAGGCGCAAGCCCAGCAGUUGAAUAUCCGGCUGGAGGAUCACAUUCGAGGGGAGAUUGACAGGGGAGUAUACGAACGCGAUGAUUAACGGCCGCAUUUCGACCACAUCGAGGACUGGUCAAGAUACCAAGAUUUGAGCACUGCAUUAUGAACUGUCUUUUUUGCACCGUCGGGACUUUUGUAUCGUAGCGAUGGCAGACCUGCUCACAUGAUUUACGUUUGUCAAUGGCUAUCAGAUUAGAAGAAAUGAGAUGAUAGAUCAAGC